AUGUCUGGACAACUGCCAGGAUUAGCUGCAGAUGCAGUGCUCAAGACUUCAGUUCCUGUUCCUGCUGAUUUCAAGGAGGUCAAGGGAGUGGACUACUCCAAGCCUGAGUCCAGGGACAUGCGGGCUACUGACCUGAUCAAGUCGAUGAAGACCAUGGGAUUUCAAGCCUCCAACCUGAGCGAGGCCUGUGAAAUCAUUGACGAGAUGAGAUCUUGGAGAGGCAAGAACCUCAAGGAUUUGGAAGACCACGAGAAAAAGGGAGAAUUUGAUGAUGAAGGAAACCAGAAGACUACCAUCUUCAUGGGCUUCACUUCCAACCUCAUCAGUUCUGGUCUCAGAGACACCCUGAGGUUUUUGGUCCAAAACAAGAUGGUCAGUGCUAUUGUUGCAAGUGCUGGUGGAAUUGAGGAAGAUCUGAUUAAGUGUCUUGCUCCAACUUACAUGGGAGAGUUCCAUCUGAGAGGUGCCAAGCUUCGCGAUGAAGGUAUGAACCGUAUCGGUAACCUGAUCGUUCCAAACGACAAUUACUGCAAAUUCGAGGAGUGGAUUGUGCCAGUGCUAGACACAAUGCUAGAGGAGCAAGAGGCCAGUGUUUCCAAAAGAGGCACCGAGGCGUUGGAUGGAGAUGCUCCAUUCUGGACUCCUUCUCGUGUCAUCGACAGGCUGGGCAAGGAAAUUAACGACGAGUCCUCUGUUCUUUAUUGGGCCCAUAAGAACCAGAUCCCAAUCUUUUGCCCUGCCUUGACCGACGGAUCUAUUGGUGAUAUGCUUUUUUUCCACACCUUCAAGGCCUCGCCCAAGCAACUGAGGAUUGACAUCGUACAGGACAUCAGAAGGAUCAAUUCCAUGUCCAUGGAAGCCUCGAGAGCAGGAAUGUUGAUCCUGGGAGGUGGUCUUGUGAAGCACCACAUUGCAAAUGCGUGUCUCAUGAGAAACGGUGCUGAUUGGGCAGUCUACAUCAACACGGGCCAGGAGUUUGACGGAUCUGACGCUGGUGCCAGACCAGACGAGGCCGUCUCUUGGGGCAAAAUCAAGGCCGAGGCCCGCUCUGUCAAGGUUUUUGCCGACGUCACCCUUGUUUUCCCGCUCAUUGUCGCCGCUACGUUUGCCAGUAAAUAG